AUGCCUCCUGUCCAACUAGUGGGGGACUUCCCCGGUAUUUCUCUUGAGUAUGUUGUCGGCAGAGAGCACAAGGUCGGCAGUCAUGACCUGGAUACCAGCGACGGCUCCGUUUUUCCAUCUCCAGCGGAGGUUGUCAAGACCCUGACCCGCAGAGCAGACUCGGCAAAAACGUAUGUUCCCGGUCAAGGAACAAUCGACCCCAAGAACAUCAACAUGCAGGGGCUAUUAGCAUUAUUUGCGUUGAUUGGAGCAGCAUUUGUUCUUGGCGCCAUCUGGUUCUUCUUCUGGGCAAAGAAUGGCGGAUUCGUCUGGAGAAAAGGAGACUGGGAUGAAUACAAAUCUACCGUUUUGCGACGCAAAGGUCCGGACGGACGGACCCUCAGUAAUGCCACAAAGAGUACGAGACUUGGUGGCGGUAGUAUCGUUGGCAAAGGGUAUAGUGAUGAUGGGUACACGGUCACCGACGGAUACACAGACACCGCAACGACGAUUACCGAAAAGGAGGAGGGAGACCACAAGCGCAAGCGCAGAUUCCGGGAGACGGCUAAACAGAAACUCCUGCGCAAACGCAAAGACGAGAACUGGGAAGGCGAAGCCGACGAAGACGUUCGUGCCUACCGCAAGGAGAAACCGGCCCGGAUCGGCGGCAUCAACUGCGAGGGGGAUGGAACCUAUCACGGCAGUGACUACGACACCUCCAACCCGCCCACCUCACACAACGCUAGCGAGAUGAGCGAGGUACGCGACUAUGCGUACGAACCCCCACGUCAGAGCCGCAAUUUCUCGUUCACUCCCGGAAGCGAGGAGGUCCUGAGCCACACGACAGAGGAGCGCCAACACCUCCGCGAGCCAUCUGCGAGACGACACAAUCGCCGCCGAGAGAGACGUCGUGCUCCCCCGACCACUCCGUCGCGACAGGGCAGCCCGCGCAAACGAGACCGUCUGUCCGUGCCAGGUCAUUACACCGAGCCUCUGGAUUUCUCGUCAGCGGGCUCCAGAUCCGAAUAUCAAUACUCCAAUGUGGAAACGGAUGACGGAUCGGGGACCAAGCACUACCAUCAUCCCAUUCCAGGACUCAGCAAGGGAUACCGCCGCGAAGGCGGACGGAACAGAAGACGGGACAGCCUGAGCGACAGCGACGGCGACGAAACGCGGUACUCAUGA